AUAAGUGGAUUGUAUAUUAUUGACCAAUUGUUUUUUCUUUUUAUUAAUUAUAUAUAUGAAGUAAUUAAAUUUUUAUGUGUACACAGGGACCCUGGUAGUUUCUCAGAUCGGUUCGUGAAUAUUGGUAACAUUUUGUAUAAAGCUACGAAGACUUCACUUCACAAACAGACGGCAAAGAAGCAGCUCUCUAAUGUUACUGCUAAAGGCUCAAAAUGCAUUUUAAAAUUACACGGCAACCAAUAUAGUGUCAGUGCCGGUGGCCGUACUUUGACGCGACUGGAGAGCAAACCUCUAUCCACAUCCAAGCCCUUAUUAUCAAGAGUUCACAUUGGGGGAUUGACAUAUUCUCGCACCAAGACUGGCCAUUAUGAACUCACCAAAGCUCAUCAAGCAAGAGCAGUUUUGAGCUCUGCCAAGCACCGAAGCAUGGUAACCUUAUCUCAGAAGAAGAGAAGGGGCACGUUGCAGAAACGUAACCAGUACUGCAUCUUCUUCAACAGGUUUGGGAGAUGUACUAAAAAGGACAAGGGAGACUGCCCGUAUCUCCAUGACCCAACCAAAAUAGCCAUUUGCACAAGGUUUCUGCGUGGUCGUUGUCCUGUUAGUAACUGCCCAUUUUCACACAAAAUUGAUCCUGACAAGAUGCCUGUGUGCUCUCAUUUUGUACGGUCAAUAUGUACUCGAGAUGACUGCCCAUACCGUCAUGUUAGGGUUAGCCCCAAUGCACCAAUUUGCUUAGACUUUCUUCAUGGACAUUGUCCUCUUGGUCAAGAGUGCAAGAAGCACCAUGUGUUGGAAUGUGAAGAAUUUAGCGCAUCAGGUAAGUGUCCCAGAGGCGAAGCUUGUCCACUCUCACAUCGUAAGGGAUCAAGAAAAAAGAAGAAAAGUGUCUCUCUAGAACCUGUAACCCCCUGCACUUCCCUGAUGAAAAUGCGUGUUUCUCAGCCAAGAAGACGCAAAUCCAGUGACUCUGUUGAUGUGUUAGGGGAGCCCAGCAUAAAACAGAAAAAGAAAAAAUUGGUUGUUGCUGAUGAUGAUGGUAUACUGAAGAGGUAUUUUCAUGUAGGCAAGGGUAUUCUUCCCAGUGUUGAAGAUGGUGUUGUUAUGAAAGAUAUAGAAAGCAGGGGACAGAAGGUAAAUGAUGAUUCAAACACAAGGAAAGAUGAAAUGGAAGUGGACCUCUUAGAGAGGUCUUUUUGCUCUGAUUUACCUGGUGAUGAUUUGAAGGAACCGUUAACUGGAAUUGCUGGAAUUAAAGAAGAGACUCCAAGUGCUUUAGAUUUAGAACAAAAGAGAGGGAAGGUGCUGCAGAAAAUAGAGCAGCUGAAAGGAAUGUAUGAAACCCCACCAGGAUCUUCCAGCAAUAAAGACAGUGAGGGAGAGAAGACUCAAGCCAACAGGAGAGGAAUCUGUAGCAACAGGACCAAAGAAAUGCAAGACAACACACAAGACUUCAAAUGCGAUGCUUUUGAGCGACGUCCUCUCCCUAAGAAGAUGCCAUCAUUCAUUUCUCUCUCUAAAAAUGUUGGUGAUGUAGAGGACCUGUGAUAUUUUGUAGUAAUGUAGUUUUUAAUUAUCAUUAUCUGUGAUGAACAGCUUCUAAGAAUGUUUGUAUGGAUAUGAGAACUAUAUAUUUGCUAAUAGUUAUUUUUAUUGACAGAAGUGGUACCAAAAAGUGUUAGGUGUUUUAUGUAGUGAUCCCCAAUGUGAUACAAAUGUGCUUCACUUAUUUUUAUAUACUACUGUAUACCUUAAAUACUCUUUAAAUAAGGUUUUCUCUCUAUUGAUGCUGCUGUGAUCUCUUGGAGAGGUUUUUGUACUUAUGUAAUGUGUCUGGAAAGUUAUUAAAGGAAUUUAUGACAA